AGAAGAAGAAGAAGAAGAAGAGAAGCGCAGCCACAGAGCAGCAGCAUCUGUGCAGCGCGAUCUGCAGAAACUGUGUAAAAUAAUAAUAAUAAUAAUAAUAAUGAUAAUAAUAAUAAUGAUGAUGAUGAUGUGAGAGAACAGCAGAAAGAAACCCUGCAGCAGUCUGAACACAUCUGAACUCGUUCUUUAAACUGAACCUGAAGCUGUUCUUGAAUUAAAGCUGUUUAACUGUGACGAGAGGAAUAUUAGAGUAGUGCUCCAAACAGACUGACCCUGGUUCUGUCAGGGAUUCAGUGUUGGGAAGAUGAUUCCAGCAGCAAGGAACAGUGAAUAUACAGGCUCUGGAGAGUGGUUUUAGAUAGAAAAACACAAACAUCACGUUUACAGUGUGUGAAUUACUGAAAGCAUCAAGUUGAUAACUGAUUUAAUGUUCAUUUUGGCAGCUCUGCUGUGACGAGGAUAAACUUCUUAAAAGAACGGCGAGAACAUGGAUGGUCCAGAACCCUGCAGAAUAAAACAAGAUGAUGGUGAAGAACAAAUAGACCUGAUGGAAGAGAACAAGGUGAUUGAAGAACUGAUGGAAGCAGGGAAGAAACAUCAUGACACUUGCCCUCAGUGUGGAAAGAGUUUCUCAUGUGAACAAACUCUUAAUCUUCACAUGAAAUUUCAUAGUGGAAUGGAGCUGUACGAGUGUGAUCAGUGCGAGAAGAUUUUCAAACUAAAAGAAAACUUUAAUGAUCACAUGAAAAUGCACACUGAAGAGAAGCCACACACAUGUGAUCAGUGCGGGAAGAAAUUCAGAAAUAAAGGAAACCUCAGUGAUCACAUGAAAAUCCACACUGGAGCGAUGCCGUACUCAUGUGAUCAGUGCGGGAGGAAAUUCAGACAUAAAGGAAACCUUAAUACACACAUGAAUAUCCACACUGGAAAGAAACCCUUUGCAUGUGAUCAGUGCGGGAAGAGUUUCAGACAUAAAGGAAACUAUAAUGAUCACAUGAAAAUCCACACGGGGGAGAAACCCUGGAGAAAAACCACUGGAGAAUCGCAUGCAUGCAGUCAGUGUGGAAAGAAAUUCAAACAAAAACACAUCCUUAAUCAACACAUGAGAAUCCACACUGGAGAGAAGCCCCACACAUGUGAUCAGUGCGGGAGGAAAUUUAGAUAUAAAGGAAACCUUAAUACACACAUGAAUAUCCACACUGGAAAGAAACCCUUCGCAUGUGAUCAGUGCGGGAAGAGUUUCAGACAUAAAGGAAACUAUAAUGAUCACAUGAAAAUCCACACUGGAGAGAAGCAGUACACAUGUGAACAGUGUGAGAAGAGUUUCAUACAAAAAGGACAACUUAAUGAACACAUGAAAAUCCACACUGGAGAGAAGCCCUUUACAUGUGAACAGUGCGGGAAGAGUUUCAGAAAGUCAAGUGUUUUUAAAGUACAUUUGCGAACUCAUUCUAGAGAAAGAAUUUAUAGCUGUAACCAGUGCAGUAAAACAUUUUUUAGGGCAGAUUUCCUGAAGGACCACCUGACAGUGCAUACACAGGAGAGGCCUUAUGUAUGUUCUUUGUGUGCAAAGAGCUUUAGACAGAUGGGUAAUUUAAAAACACAUCUGAAAAGACACAGUGGUGUGAAGGAUCAUAUUUGCUCUGAAUGUGGAAAGACUUUUUUUACAGUCUAUGCACUGAAAAAGCACCAGACAGUUCACACUGGUGAAAAACCUAACCAGAGUUCACACUCUGACAAGACAUUCACAUGGCCAGAAUAUCUGAAAAUACAUGAGACGAUCCACACUGAAGAGAAGCCACACACAUGUGAUCAGUGCGGGAAGACGUUCAGACUUAAAGGAUUUCUCUAUGAACAUAUGAAAAUCCACACUGGAGCGAUGCCGUACACAUGUGAUCAAUGCGGGAGGAAAUUCAGACAUAAAGGAAGCCUCAAUACACACAUGAGAAUCCACACUGGAGAGAAACCCUUCGCAUGUGAUCAGUGCGGGAAGAGUUUCAGACAUAAAGGAAAUUAUAAUGAUCACAUGAAAAUCCAUUCUGGAGAGAAGCCACACUCAUGUGAUCAGUGCGGGAGGAGUUUUAUACAAAAAGAACACCUUAAAAAACACAUGAGUAUCCACACUGGAGAGAAGCCCUUCACAUGUGAUCACUGCGGAAAGGGUUUCUUAAAAAAAGAAUGCCUUAAAAAACACAUGAAAAUACACUAAAGAGAAGCUGUACACACUUUAGACUUAAAUAAACUCUUUAUGAACACAUGAAAAUCCACACUGGAGAGAAACCCUUCACAUGUGAACAGUGUGGAAAGAGUUUUAGAAAGUAAAGGGUUUUAAAAGAACAUCUGCAUACUCAUUCUGGAGAAAGACUACAGUCAUGGCCAAAAGUUUUGGCAGUGACACAAAUUUUGUGUUUUGCAAAGUUUGCUGCUUCAGUGUUUGUAGAUUAUUUUUCCACAUAUUUCUGUGGUAUACUGAAAAACAACGAUAAGUAUAUCAUAUUUUUUUGCCAAUAAAAGCCUUUAAAACGUGAGUCAAUAUUUACAGUGUUGACCCUUGUUCUUUAUAACCUCUGCAGUUCUCUCAGGCAUGCUGGAUAUUAGCUUCUGGGCCAAAUCCUGACUUAUGUUGAUCCAUUCUUGCCUUAUUAGUUCUCGGAGUUGAUCACAAUUUGUGGCCUUCUGCUUGUCCACUCGCCUUUUGAGGACUGUCCG